CCUGGUCAACCCUGCCAUCACGGCCGAACAACGGAGGCAACGAAGGCGUACAGAUGAGGCAUGGCGUAACAAGGCCAGAGAUCAAACACGUCAAUCGCAGCAGCGUUCUGUGGAAACGGAUCCUACUUUUUACGAGAGUAGGCGGAAAGCAGAUAAAGCAAGAUAUCCAGCAGAACGGCGGCUAAGAUUGUUGAGAAAAUGGGCACUUCUGCAUUCAUGGAUACGAGAGGACUUACCCUGGAAGUCGCACCGUCCUGUGCUAUAUGCAGCCCCAAUGGGGCCCGUCUGCGAAUCCUGUGGUCUUGUACGAUAUGGAGGCACACUGUACUGGCAGUCCAAGGCUCUUCCUGACCAUUAUAGCUGUCGCGGUUGUUACGUACGCCGACUGGAACCGGAAGGCUACAUGCCCAAGGGGUUCGAAGACGUCCAGUCAUGGAAAGAACUGGUCGCACGAAAGGAACAACUUGACAAACUCAAGUCGCAAGGGUCCGACCUAGUCAAGCCCCGUUAUCUGGCUCAUCAGCACCUGCAUCGCAUGAACUCGCCCUCCUCUUCUCAGGCUACCCAGACGUGUCCAUCUAGUUGCUCUAUGAAGCUCAUCAGCCUCAUUGUAUUACUGACUACCUCCUCUUGGGGCCUCAGAUGUGUCCAUCCGGCUCCCGCUCUCGAGCCCGUCAGCUCGUCACCUGCCGAAGCAUACCGCUGUAAAUGUCCUCCUCUUCGGGUUAAUUCAGACGCGUCCGUCCGCUUCCUCUCCUGGCUGAGCAGCCUGCCUGCAUCGCAUUGCAUUCUACCUCCUCUUUCUUAACUAAUCGCCCUGCAGCGCAGGACUUCCAGUUCCGGUUCGGUCGGUCGCAUCGGUAGCAUCGGUCGCAUCGGUCGCAUCGUUCGGUUCGGCCGGUCGGAGUCCA